CGCACCUCUCGCGCCUCUGGUCGUUGCGGGCGAGUGGCGAGUCAGUGACAUGCGUGUGAGCUUCAGAGGCUGCGGCCGCCAGGUGUUUUGUGCAUCUGUUCUUCAGUGAUUGCAGUCAAAACUAAUAUAAUUAUGGCAACUUUCCAGCCUUUCAAAAAUAGUCGUGUGAAGCCGAGAGCAUCUGUCAGAAAAAGCUUCAGUGAAGAUGUAUUCCAGUCUGUAAAGUCUUUAUUACAGAGUGAAAAGGAACUAUGCAGUGUAUCAGGAGAGGACUGUUUGAAGCAGGAUGAACAUGCAAAAUUAACUGAGGUCACAUUUCUGGGCUUUAAUGAAGAAACAGAUGCUGCCCAUAUACAGGAUUUAGCAGCAGUGUCUUUGGAACUUCCAGACCUUCUGAAUUCACUCCACUUCUGCAGUCUAAAUGAAAAUGAAAUCAUUUGUAUGAAGGACAUAAACAAAUCAUCAGAGAUCAAUAAUGGUCCUCUAAAUCAGAGUCAUCAUUCUGGAAUGCUUUGUGUUAUGAGAGUAUCACCGACAUUACCGAGGCUCAGAGUUGAUUUCAUCUUUAGUCUCCUAAGUAAAUAUGCUACUGGUAUAAGGUAUACCCUGGACACAUACUUGCAUCAGAACCACCAGCUUGAGACCACUUACGAAGAUGAGGAUGAUACUAACCAGUCUGUGUCUUCCAUAGAGGACGACUUUGUUACUGCUUUUGAGCAGUUGGAGGAAGAGGAGGCUUCAAAGCCAUAUAAUGAUGGAAUAAAUGUUACUACACUCUGGAACCAGUGUGACAUGGCUUCUCAGACUAUUUGUGGUUACCAUUUGGAAACACAUGAUUUAAAGACUUUAGUCGGCUCUGGACAGCAGAAGACAUUGGCUAAACCCUCAUCUCCCUUAAUAAAUGUUCUUGGACAUAAAGAACCACUUUCUGUGAAGACUUCAGUCACAACUUCAAUUUCAGAGCCGUGGAUCCAAAGGAGUUUCUAUAGGUCAUCUAAUGCUUUGGGUAAAGGUGGUGAUACACAGAAAACUGUUUGUUCUUCUCCUGCUUACUCCUCAGAAUCAGAAUGUUCAAGUCCAAGUCCUGUUAUUUUCUUGGAUGAAGAAGGAUAUCAGAAAAGUUUAAAAGCAAAACUUGAGCUGCCUAAAAUUCCUGUGAUGAAAGAUGAUGUAGAAGAUUCAGACUCAGAAGUAAGUGAAUUUUUUGAUAGUUUUGAUCAGUUUGAUGAAGUAGAACAAACUUCAGAGACUUCCUGCGUGCUUAUAAAUGAUCCUGUUCAAGGGAAGUCAUCACGAAAGAAAGGGCACAAACAUGAAAAAUCUUGUAUGAAUCCUCAAAAAUUCAAGUCUGAUUGCCCGGCUCUUCCAGCUAAUGUUAGAAAGCCAACUCCUCGUAAGCCAGAAUCUCCAUACAGCAACUUGUGUGAUGGUCCAGAUUCUCCUCGUCCAGUGAAGGCAUCAGGGGAUGACAGUGGUUUGUUUAGUCCUGUUCGGUCCUCUGCUUUUAGUCCUCUUGGAAGCUGUACUGCUGCUGAAUGCUUUUGCCAAAUAGAUAUUGGUGGAAAUCAGACUCAUGAUUCUGUUUAUUACACCUAUGAAGAUUAUGCAAAUAGUAUUUCAUGUGAAGUGCUAGAAUCAGUUCUUCAUAACCAACCAACUAAUGAAAUGUCAAACAUUAAUAGUGUUAAAAGAGGAGAAAAUGAAACUGUUGCUUUUCAGCAUGGAAACAUUGAUCAAAAAAAUAAAUCUAAAAGUAAAUCUUUAAUGAUUAAAGAUAGCAUUCAGAAAUUUGCUGCAGAUCUGGUGGAAAAAAGUUUUGGUAGUGCAUUUAAAGACUUACAGAAAGGAGUCUCUUCAUGUACCAGUGCAUUGUGCCACUUAGCCAUAAAAUUGACAUCAUCUAUUUUUCAGAUGGCAUUUAAUGAACUGAGAAGGCAGCAUGCAUUUUCACUAAAACAGCAUGCCAUUAGUGGCUUGGCUAAUUUUUUGGUGAGUGAAGCCUUAUCACAUGCCUUAAAAGAUUUACAGUAUGUAAAGAAGCAAAUAUUUACAAAUACAGUUGCUAGGUUUGCUGCAGAUCUUGCUGAAGAACUUGUUUUUGAAGGUAUCAUGGAAGUGUGCCAAUUUUCAUAUCCUUCAACACCUGCAUCUCCACGGUGUCAGUCAUUUGAUUUUGAUGAUAAAGUAGUGAAGUCAUAUGCGAAAGAUUUGUCUGAGUCUGUAAUACAGGAAGCAUUCAUUGAGCUAUCACAAGUUGAUGUGCCCUUCACAACAAAGGCAGCAGUUAGUGUUUCUACAGAUAUCAAGGAAGUGAAUACAGAAAGUGUACCACCGUCUAUACAGACCUUCACAUUUUCUCCUUCUUUUAAUAAUCAAGCAAUUAUGGGGACAAAACCAGUGCAGGAAUAUAAAAAGGAAUACACCAUGCAACAGGCCUUGUUUUGUACUUCAGGAAUUGUCACUUCUAUUCCAGUGCCCUUGGCAGGAAGUGUCCUUCUCCCAUAUCAUAUUUCUUCUACUGUAUGUCAGACAAAUUCUCAUCUGUCAUUUGAUGACAGUAAUUCAAAUGGUGAUUCUUUCCAGGCACAUGCUAUCACAAAAAACCAAGAAGAGGAAGUAGCUUGUCUCAGAAAUAUUUGUUUACCUUCAGAACACACUCUAGAUAGCCAGAAUGAUUGCAAAACAACUAAUAAUGAAACUGAAAUUCAAAGCUUUUCAAAAUUAACAAGUGAAAUUAGCAACUUUUCUGCAGCAAUGGUGCAAACAAUAGUAAAUGAAACUUUGGAGUCAGUGACACCAUUCAGAGUUACAAAAACAGCUAAUGAACAUACUGAUUAUUUAACUAAAACUAUGAAGGGACAUUCAUCUCCUUCCUCUCUUCAAGUAACACCACAACAGGGGGAAGCUAACAAUAAGGAUAUGUUUACUGAACUGUUAUCUAAAUCUGUUAUUAAAGAAUCAGUAGAUACAAGCAAAUUAAUGAUCUCAACUUCAGAUACAAAUACAGUACUUAAGGAAGACUUGCCUGUUGCUGCAGAGGAAUCAAAGUUGACUUUGGAAAAGUUGCCAAAAUUUCUUGAUGCUCAAGAUCACUUACCUUGCUGUUCACUUCCCACGAGAAAGGAUUAUGUUCCAGAAUAUAAAGAUUUGGUGGAUCGUGGAAUUUCUUUAGCGAUACCAUCACCUUGUCCAAUGGUGACAAGUCAGAAACCUGAUCUGAAGGAACUUGCUAAGGAUAAGCCAUUGAAAAAGCAUAAUUUGAAUGAUACUGCACUUGAGCCCAUAUCUUUUGGACAGGAGAGCCCUUUUGGUCACUCACAUACUUUCUCAUCAACCGUGCUUACCUGUGUAGAUGGUUUGCAUGUGGAAGAUAAACAGAAAAUCAGAGACAGAAGUGUAAUACCUGAUACUCCUCCAUCAACUCCUCUAGUUCCAUCCCAGGCUAGUUCUGAAUGGGAUAUCAAGAAAUUAACCAAAAAACUCAAAGGGGAAUUGGCCAAAGAAUUUGCACCUGCUACACCACCGUCUACACCUCACAACUCAUCUGUUGGUAAUUUGUCUGAAAAUGAACAGAACACUAUAGAAAAGGAAGAGUUCAUGUUGAAACUCAUGAGGUCUCUUUCAGAAGAAGUUGAAAGUAGUGAAGGUGAAGAACAUCCAGAAAUGGAUGUGAAGCCAGAACACUCAGGGAAGAAAGUGCAGUUUGCAGAAGCGUUAGCUACACACAUAAUUUCUUUUGCAACUGAAACAGCAGCCUCUCAUUUAGAUCACAAAAUAAUGGAAGAACCUGAGGUUCAAAAACCUUGCUUCAAUGUGCAAAGUCAAAGAAGAUUAUUGCCUAUUUUUUUAAGUCGAUCUGUUGAAAAUUUUCAGACAGGUAGUUUUGCCGGUGAUAUGGCAGCAGAAAUCAUUGCAGAAGCUGAGAAAAUAGCAAAAGUUAGAAGUUCUGUACUUUGCAGGCAAAAGAAGAAUCUUUGUUUUACUGAUAGGGACCAAGAUUAUAGAUCAGAAGAGAAGUUGGAUAUGGAGGUUGUGUAUCCAGGAGAAGUGGAUCCACUUACUCUUUCAGUACCACCAAGUUCUUGUAUGUCAGGUCUGACAUACAAGUAUCCCAGCUGUGAGAGUGUGACAGAUGAAUAUGCAGGUCAUGUUAUCCAAAUACUAAAGCAGGAAGGUGGCAAUGGUGAGUUAAUAAUGGAUCAGUAUGCCAGCAGACUUGCUUAUCGGUCUGUUAAAUCAGGUUUACAAGAAGCAGCUAAGACAGCCAAAAUGCAGUGCAGCUCAAAAAUGUCCCUUGUGCAAAGUACACAAGAGAGAAUAAACAGUGAACUGUCCAUGUUUUCAAAUGAACACUGCCAAGAAGAAGGAAAAAAAAGUAAAAGAAAAGGAAAUGGAGGUCACCUUUGUCAAAAUCAAGCUUGUGAAAGGACAAAAGAUAAGUGGAGAAAUGAAGACUCUUAUUUAUAUAGUUUUUCAGCCUCUCUUGCUCACUGCAUAACAAGAGAUGUUAAAAAAGAGCUGACAGCACCUAAAGUUGACUUGCCAAAAUCCUUAACAGAGUCCUGCCUUUUUGAAAAAUCUGGAUAUGUUGAAGAUACUGAGUACCACAUAGAACCUGAAUUUCCUAAACCUCUUCAAUCUUCCUCACAAAACCAAGGGUUUCACCACAGUACAGACAGCUUAAAUGGGCAUGGUUGUGGAGAGAAUAUUGUUCAAACUAUAGAACAGUAUGCUAAAAAAGUAGUGGAUGACACUUUAGAGUUAGGUCUAGCAUCUAAAGUUUUCCAAGCAUCGGAGACCACAAAAUCAGUGGAUAGGAUCACUUAUGCAGACAAGUUGUCACGUCUUACAAAUCAAAAUUGUAGGUAUUGUGAUCUUAAGGAGCUCCAUGAUUGUACUGGAAAUUCAUCUCAGCACUUUUUCAAACAAGAUUCAUGUGUUAAUAGUAAGCUUGUUAAAAAUUUAUACUUUAGCAACAUCUAUCAGAAAUCUCGAAUUUUUCACCUUGAUGUCCCUCAAAUUCAUGUAAAUCUUGAUAACAAAUCAUUACUUGCUGAGAAGAUAGUCGCUGAAGCCAUUGAAAGAGCAGAGAGAGAGCUAAGCAAUACCAGUUUGGCUGCUGAUAGUGGAAUUGGACAAGAUGGCAUUAGUUUUGCUGAGAGCCUUACUACAGAAAUAAUGACAUCAGCCAUGACGAAUGUUGGACAUGCUGUCUGCAGUUCAAAAGAAAUAGAAGAUGCUCAGUCAACUGAAUCACUUGGUAGUCAGCAGAUGAAUCUCAGUAUUGGUGAGGACAGCACUGGUAGCUGGUCCAAUUUAAGUUUUGAAGAUGAACAUCAAGAUGAAAGCAGCAGUUUUCAUCACCUAAGUGAAAGCAGUAAUGGUAGCAGUAGCUGGAGCAGUCUUGGUUUAGAAGGAGAUUUGUAUGAGGACAAUUUAUCCUUUCCAACAUCAGACAGUGAUGAAUCGGAUGAUGAAGAACAUGAGGCUGAUGUUAGAGGUAUAGAACAAAAUGAAAAAGCCUUGCUGAUUACGAACAUUGACAUGGCGCCAUGCAUAGUAGAUCCCCAGUUACGGAUUAUUCUUCAAUGGCUCAUUGCUUCGGAAGCUGAAGUCGCAGAACUUUAUUUUCAUGAUUCUGCGAAGAAGGAAUUUAUGCUACUUUCUAAACGGUUACAAGAAAAAGGAUGGAAAGUGGGAGACCUCCUGCAGACUGUGCUUAAAUACUAUGAAGUGGUGGAAAGAACUUCCAGCGAGGAGAGAUGCAAGUCACUGUUUGAAUGGCUUUUGGAAAAUGCAUAGUAUAAAACUCAAACCAGUAUAUUUUCUUAUUUGUUAUGAAAGGAAAAGAAACAGAUAAAUAUGUUUAGGAUAAACUUGAAUAGUAAAUAUGAACAUUUUAAGUGAUUUGGGAGAAAAGUACAGCUUUUUAAGUGCUUUCUGUCAUCACAACGUGUAUAUAGUUCAUACUUUUGUAAUCCCUAUUAAAAUAUAAUCUCUACCUGUUCUGUGUGUGUAUGUAGUGUGUGUAACUUAUAUAUGACGGAAGGAAAAGGUCUCUGGGGAGAUUGUGUGACGGCAUUCUUUUUUGCAUCCAGAUAGUGCUGCUUGAAACUGCAGAGAUAGCUGGGGAGAUAUUCCAGUGAUAGAGUAACUUAUAAUUGUUCCUUACAAAUGGUAUCUGACUAAUGACUCAUCACAGUAACCAAACAUAAAAUUAAAGCUCGUUUGUUCAUUUGUGGUAAAUUUUUAGACUUUUUGCCCUGUUUUAAAAAAUCAGUUUUAUGUCAGUAGCUCAGCUAUUGGCAGCUUUUUGGUUCUCUCCAAAGUGUUUAAUUUUUUAGUAGUAAUAUUAUUGUUUUAGGUUUCUAUAAAUACCAUGAAAUUUCCCAGGCCUUCCAUCAAACAACAUUGUUUACUAAUCCUACUAGUCCUUAUGGUAUGAAAGGGGUGUGUGUGUGUGUGUGUGUGUGAGAGAGAGAGAGAGAGAGAGAGAGAGAGAGAGAGAGAGAG